ACUUCAAAAUCCAAAAUAAUAUAAGCGCCAACCCACACAAAAGCAUCUCCUCGCUGUUGCUCACUUUUUAUUAAACUAUUAUUUUAAUAUUCAAACCAAUCUCAAAUUCUAAUUCUUAAACGUCUCCGUCUCUCUAUUUUCUUUUCUCGUCGUUCUACCUAUUGUAGCUGCUGCUGCUAAAUUUGGAAUACCAAUUUUUCGAUUAGGGUUCGGUUUUCUCAAGAACACAUAUUAUUAUCGUUAUUAUGGCUCCUAAUGAUCCUAAACAAACUAGUAGUAGCAGUGGCGGCGGUGGAUUCUUCUCCUCCUUCGUCUCCAGUUUGUCCGCCAUGACCAGAUCAGUCAACGGUUUACUGGGAUACGAGGGGCUAGAAGUUGUUAAUCCUGAAGGAGGCAAUGAAGACGCGGAAGAAGAAGCUAAGAAAGGAAGAUGGAGACAGGAGGACAGGGAUAGCUAUUGGAAGAUGAUGCAGAACUAUGUAGGAUCAGAUAUCACAUCUAUGGUGACACUUCCUGUUCUUAUUUUUGAGCCAAUGUCAAUGGUGCAGAAAAUGGCAGAGUUGAUGGAGUACUCACAUUUAUUGGAUCUUGCUGAUGAAUGCGAGGAUCCCCACAUGCGGUUGGUGUAUGCUGCAUCGUUUUUCAUAUCUAUCUACUUUGCCUUCCAACGCACAUGGAAGCCAUUUAACCCAAUUCUUGGCGAGACUUAUGAGAUGGUUAAUCAUGGCGACCUUACAUUCAUAUCAGAGCAGGUUAGUCAUCACCCUCCAAUCAGUGCUGGACAUGCUGAAAAUGAGCAUUUCACAUAUGAUAUAACUUCGAAGGUCAAAACUAAGUUCUUAGGGAACUCGCUCGAGAUCUAUCCUCUUGGAAGGACGCGGGUAACCCUAAAAAGGGAUGGUGUAGUUCUUGAUUUGGUGCCGCCUCUCACAAAAGUUAGCAACUUAAUCUUUGGACGAACUUGGAUUGACUCGCCUGGGGAGAUGGUCUUAACAAACAUGACAACCGGGGACAAAGUUGUACUUUAUUUUCAACCUUGUGGUUGGUUUGGUGCCGGUCGCUAUGAAGUGGAUGGAUAUGUUUAUAAUGCGAAUGAGGAGCCCAAAAUAUUGAUGACUGGAAAGUGGAAUCAAUCGAUGAGUUAUCAGCCUUGUGACCUGGAAGGAGAACCACGUCCAGGCACCGAACUAAAGGAGGUCUGGAGAGUUGCAGAAACUCCCAAAAACGACAAGUUUCAGUACACACAUUUUGCACACAAGAUCAACAGCUUUGACACUGCUCCAAAGAAGUUAUUAGCAUCUGAUUCCCGUCUACGUCCUGAUAGAUAUGCUCUUGAGAAAGGCGAUAUAGGCAAAGCUGGCCAUGAGAAGAGCAGUCUGGAGGAGCGACAGAGAGCUGAGAAGAGAAGCCGAGAGGCCAAGGGUCAACAGUUUGUUCCCAGAUGGUUUGAUCAAACCAAUGAGAUUCACCCAACUCCAUGGGGCAACUUGGAAGUGUAUCAGUACAAUGGCAAAUAUAGCGAACAUCGUGCUGCUAUAGAUAGCUCGGAUAGCAUUGAGGAGAUUCACUUCGGUUCAAUAGAAUUCAACCCUUGGCAAUAUGAUAAUGUAGCUGCUGCGGAAUGAGCAUUGCUUCGAUGUUGUUUACUUGUAUCAUAUUUUUUAAUUAUUUAAUUAUUCAGUCUUAGUAGUUUUUUUACUUAAAUGUUAUUAUGACAGCAGUUUGAAUCUGGUUUUGCAGUUUGAAUCGUAUUUGCAGUUUUGUUA